GAAAUGUACUGGGAGCCAAUGUAGGUCUCUCAGGACCGGUGUUAUGUGGUCUCGGCGGCAGCUCCCAGUCCCCAGUCUACCUGCAGCAUUCUGGAUUAGUUGUAGUUUCCGGGUCACCUUCAAAGGUAGCCCCACGUAGAGCGCGUUGCAGUAGUCCAAGCAGGAGAUAACCAGAGCAUGCACCACUCUGGUGAGACAGUCUGGUUUUCAAAUCAAAGUACCGUAUUUUUCACCCUAUAGGACGCACUUUUUCCCCUCCAAAAAUGAAGGGGAAAUCUGUGUGCGCCCUAUGGAGCGAAUACAGGCUUUUGCUGAAGCUUGGAGAGCGAGAGGGGUCGGUGCACACCGACCCCUCUCGCUCUCCAGGCUUCAGGAAGCUAUCAGCAAGCCUGGAGAGCCCACGGGAGUUCCCGCAGGGCUCCCCACGCUGCGGAUAGCAGCCUGCUGCACGGAGCGCGGGGCGCGCUGAAGCAGAGCACCCCGCGCUUCGGGCAGACAUCGGCCAGCCCCACAAGCUCGGGGGACAGCGGGGAGGCGCAGCGCCGCCAUCCCGCUGUUCCCCGACCUGGUUUUGGGGGGGAAAUAAAGGCAAAAUUUAGGUGCGUCCUACUAGGUACGUCCUAUGGGACGAAAAAUACGGUAUUACAGUCACAUACCCAACAUACAACAUAGAAACAAGAUUCUAUAGAAUAUCCUGGACUUCCCCCCUCACCUUUGUAUAAUAAUAAUAAUAAUAAUAAUAAUAAUAAUAAUUUAUUAUUUAUACCCCACCCAUCUGGCUGGGUUUUCCCAGCCACUCUGGGCGGCUUCCAACAAAGUAUUAAAAUACGGUAGUCUGUUAAAUCAUUUCCUCCUGCACCUUUUAUGAUAAUCCAGAUCUUUUUCCAUCUCCAUUAUGUCCAAAAUUCACCAUUAAACUACAAGCAUUAUUCCAAUCCCGCUAAUGAUUUUAGCCGCUUAUAACGGUUCUUAAGAUAAGUUAUAAACUUUCCCCAUUCCUUAUUAAAGUUUUGGUAUUAAAGUUUUACAUUAGUAAAAAACAAAACAAAACAAAAAAUACAGCGUUUCGAAUGCGUUAUAAACAUGCAACACCAGAUGGCGCCAGAGAGCAAAAGAAAAUUCUGUGCGAUUUUCCAUAGCGAUUUUUCCCCUUCUGUUAAAACGAUUUAAUUUCUUACUUAUUUAUAGCGUUACCCCCCCUGUGUGUAGAUCCACCCUAGGUCCAUUAAUCCCAUUAAAAUGAAGGCACAUGACUAAUUUAGGUCCAUUAAUCAAUCUCUCUCUCAAUAGCUCAGUUGGUAGAGCAUGAGGCUUAAUCUCGGGGCUGCGAGUUCGAAUCCCACUUGGGGUAAAAAGAUAACUGCACUGCAGGGGGUUGAACUAGCUGACCCUCAGUGCCCCAACUCUACACUUUUAUGAUUCCUAUAUAUAUAUCCGUUUGUAGAUUUCUGCCGGUGAGGCAUACCUCGUCUACACUGAGCGCCUGUACUCGCGCUCCAAGUUCAACAAUUACCUGGCCGCCCUCUACAAGGUGGUUGGGACCUUCUUGUUUGGCGGCGCCAUCAGCCAAUCGCUGACAGACCUGGCGAAGUACAUGAUUGGGCGCCUGAGGCCCAACUUCCUGGCAGUCUGCAAUCCCGAUUGGUCGAAAGUCAACUGUUCGGUUUAUGUCCAGCUGGAAGACAUCUGCCAGGGCAAUGCCAAAGACAUCACAGAGUCCAGGUAAGGGGGGAAGGAGUAGGCUGGGCAGACGGACUCGAUAUCUUGGCAGCUGCUCCAAAGCGGGCACUGCCAGGCUGAGUGGAGCGGUCAAGUUAACAGUUUCUUUUUUUCCCCUUCAAAUGCUUUUUAUUGAGAUUUAAGAACACCAACACCAGCCAACCUAGACAGCAUCUUCAAAAGCAGAGACAUCACCUUGCCAACAAAGGUCCGUAUAGUAAAAGCUAUGGUUUUCCCAGUAGUGAUGUAUGGAAGUGAGAGCUGGACCAUAAAGAAGGCUGAUGGCCGAAGAAUUGAUGCUUUUGAAUUCUGCUGCUCGAGGAGACUCUUGAGAGUCCCAUGGACUGCAAGAAGAUCAAACCUCUCCAUUCGGAAGGAAAUCAGCCCUGAGUGCUCACUGGAAGGACAGAUCCUGAAGCUGAGGCUCCAAGACUUUGGCCACCUCAUGAGAAGAGCAGACUCCCUGGAAAAGACCCUGAUGCUGGGAAAGAUGGAGGGCACAAGGAGAAGGGGACGACAGAGGACGAGAUGGUGGGACAGUGUUCUCGAAGCUACCAGCAUGAGUUUGACCAAACUGCGGGAGGCAGUGGAAGACAGGAGUGCCUGGCGUGCUCUGGUCCAGGGGGUCACGAAGAGGUGGACACGACUAAACAACUAAACAACAACACCAACCAACAGAAACAUCAAGUCUUAUUACAUAUAUCCUACUUUAUGCUCCAUGGAGCCAUUGACUUCCGUCCUUCCCUUCCACAAGUUUUCUUAUUCCAAUCUAUAAUUCAAAGUUUCAUUGGUUAAAAAUUACACCGUGACAUAAGAUUUAAUUCAAUCCUGCCAACGUUUUCAUAUUUCUACAGUUCUCACUUAUAUAAACCAUAAAUUUACUCUUUUGGGUACUUCGUCUCCUCUUGAUUGAGAAUUCUGUGUGUCAAUUUUGCCAUUUCAGCGUCUUUGACCAACUUUAUCUGCCAUUCCCUUACAGUCGGAAUCUCCUGCGACUUCCACUUUUGGGCUAUCAAAACUCUAGCUGCUGUUGUUGCAUACAGAUAUAAUCUUUGGUCUGUCUUCUUAAUAUCUUCUCCCACCAAGCCUAGCAAAAAUUCUUCCGGCUUUUUGGGAAAAGUAUAUUUAAACAUUUUUUUUAACUCAUUCUAGAUCGAUUCCCAAAACUCUGUUAUUUUGUUACAUGACCACCACAUGUGGUAAAAAUCGCCGUUCUUUUCCAGCAAGUUUUGCUACUUGUCCUAUACAUUUUUGCCAGUUUGGUGGGAGUGAGAUACCAGUGAUAAACCAUUUUCAUUACAUUCUCUUUUAAAGCAGAGCAUGCAGUGAAUUUUAGAUUCUCGUUCCAAAGUUUAGCCCAUGCAUCGUAGUCUAUAUUGUGUCCCAAGUCAAUAGAUGUUUGUUGUUGCUGUUUAGUCGUUUAAUCGUGUCCGACUCUUCGUGACCCCAUGGACCAGAGCACGCCAGGCCCUCCUGUCUUCCACUGCCUCCCGCAGUUUGGUCAAACUCAUGUUAGUAGCUUCGAGAACACUGUCCCACCAUCUCGUCCUCUGCCGUCCCCUUCUCCUUGUGCCCUCCAUCUUUCCCAGCAUCAGGGUCUUUUCCAGGGAGUCUUCUCUUCUCAUGAGGUGGCCAAAGUCUUGGAGCCUCAGCUUCAGGAUCUGUCCUUCCAGUGAGCACUCAGGGCUGAUUUCCUUCAGAAUGGAGAGGUUUGAUCUUCUCGCAGUCCAUGGGACUCUCCAGAGAGCUCUUGAGAGCCAGUGUGGUAUAGUGGUUAAGAGCGGUAGUCUCAUAAUCUGGGGAACCGGGUUCGCGUCUCCGCUCCUCCACAUGCAGCCGCUGGGUGACCUUGGGCCAGUCAUACAAGUCUCUCAGCCCCACUCACCUCACAGAGUGUUUGUUGUGGGGGAGGAAGGGAAAGGAGAAUGUUAGCCGCUUUGAGACUCCUGAAGGGGAGUGAAAGGCGGGAUAUCAAAUCCAAACUCUUCUUCUUCUUCUUCCUCCAGCACCAGAAUUCAAAAGCAUCCAUUCUUCGGCGAUCAGCCUUCUUUAUGGUCUAGCUCUCACUUCCAUACAUCACUACUGGGAAAACCAUAGCUUUAACUAUACGGACCUUUGUUGGCAAAGUGAUGUCUCUGCUUUUUAAGAUGCUGUCUAGGUUUGUCAUUGCUUUUCUCCCAAGAAGCAGGCGUCUUUUAAUUUCGUGGCUGCUGUCACCAUCUGCCGUGAUCAUGGAGCCCAAGAAAGUAAAAUCUCUCACUGCCUCCAUUUCUUCCCCUUCUAUUUGCCAGGAGGUGAUGGGCCCAGUGGCCAUGAUCUUCGCAAUAGAAGUUAACAGUUUCUAUUUAUUUUGGGUGCUUCCGUCUCACGCUUUCUUCAGAGUCUUUGAACACCAUAGUGGUGCCUGAGCCGCUUAAUCUUAGGGUUGAGGGUUCGAAAGAUCCCAGCGUUGCAGGGGGUCAGACUAAACGACCCUUGGGAUCCGUUCCACCAGGCAGCGCCAGACCCCUUCACUCCAACGACUCCGCUACAUUAGUCAAUGUUUUGAAUGUGUUGCAAACGUGCAACACCAGGUGGCGCAACGGAGCAGAAAACUUUUCUGUGCGAUUUUACAUAGUGAUUUUUCCCCAACUUUUGUUAUGAUGAUUUGAUUUCUGACUUAUUUAUGGUGGGGAUUUUCCUGUGUGUAGAUCCAUCCCAAGAACAGUUGCCUGCCAAGGACUUUUAGAACCCGAAGAUGUGUUUAUUUUUUUAUUAUUAUUUGUAAUCUCUCUCUUUUUUUCCCUCCUAGGUUAUCUUUCUAUUCCGGACACUCCUCAUUUGGAAUGUACUGCAUGAUGUUCCUAGCAGUAAGUGUGCCGUUUGUUUCCCGACUUUUGGAAACUUUGCUCAGUGGCAGAAGGCUUGCUUUGAACCCAGAAGGUUCUGGGUUCGAUCCUUACCAUCUCCAGAUGAAACAGGGGAGUUUGGGUUAAGACAUCAUCGUCAUAAUUUAUUAUUUAUACCCCGCCCAUCUGGCUAGGUUUCCCCAGCCACCCUGGGCAGCUCCCAACAGAAUAAUAAUAAUAAUAAUAAUAAUAAAGCGAUAAAACAUCAACCAUUAAAAACUUCCCUAAACAGGGCUGCCUUCAGAUGUCUUCUAAAAGUCAGAUAGCUGUUUAUUUCCUUGACAUCUGGUGGGAGGGCGUUCCACAGGGAGGGCGCCACUACUGAGAAGGCCCUCUGCCUGGUUCCCUGUAACCUCGCUUCUCGCAGGGAGGGAACUGCCAGAAGGCCCUCGGAGAUGGACCCCGGUGUCUGGGCUGAACGAUGGGGGCGGAGACACUCCUUCAGGGAUACUGGUCUGAGGCAGUGACUGGCCCGAGAUCACAAGUGAGCUUCAUGGUCUCACCCAGGUCAGAGACCAACCCCCAAACCGUUACGCCAUCCUGGUUCUGAAUGCUAACAUAAAAGAACAUGUAAACUCUAUAUGCUGGCACUAAAGGUAUAAUAAUAAUAAUUUAUUAUUUAUACCCCGCCCAUCUGGCUUGGUUUCCCCAGCUACUCUGGGCGGCUUCCAACAAAACACUAAAAUACAGUAACCUAUUAAACAUGAAAAGCUUCCCUAAACAGGGCUGCCUUCAGAUGUCUUCUGAAAGUUUGGUAGUUCUUUUUCUCUUUGACAUCUGGUGGGAGGGCAUUCCACAGGGCCGGUGCCACCACCGACAAGGCCCUGUGCCUGUUUCCCUGUAGCCUCACUUCUCGCAGGGAGGGAACCACCAGAAGGCCCUCGUUGCUGGACCUCAGUGUCCGGGCUGGACGAUGGGGGUGGAGAUGCUCCUUCAGGUAUACUGGGCCGUUUAGGGCUUAAAGGUCAACACCAACACUUUGAAUUGCGCUCGGAAAAGUACUGGGAGCCAAUGCAGGUCUUUCAAGAAGAAAGGCAGCAGACCCUUUUUGCAGGUCAGAAAUCUGCUCCGCAGCCAAUCCUUCCUCUCUCUCUUUCUCUCUUUCCAGCUCUACGUCCAAGCACGCCUGGUUGGUCGAUGGGCACGCCUGGUUCGCCCUACCAUCCAGUUCUUCCUCAUCUCCUUCGCCAUCUUCGUGGGCUACACCCGGGUCUCGGACUAUAAACAUCACUGGAGCGACGUGUUGCUGGGGCUCCUGCAAGGAAUGCUGAUUGCUAUCCUCAUCGUAAGUCUCUGUCGGGGGGCGGAGCUGAGGUGGGAAGGGGGCAUAGUCCAUCGGGGGGGCCCCCGGGCCCUGCCAGGCUGGGGGUGCAUAGAACCGAGUUCGAAUCCCGGCCGGGUGCCUACCUGCCUUCGCCCACUCUCUCCCUAACACACAGCUCCUAAAUUAGUCCCCUUGCGGUUCUGUUCCUGCUUCCGAUUGGCUGGUAUGCCUGCGAACAUUCCGUGAUGUCACUGUUCGUGGUCUUCAUUUCAUAAAAUAUAUACAGUGGUACCUCAGGUUAUGUACUUAAUUCGUUCCAGAGGUCCGUACUUAACCUGAAACUGUUCUUAACCUGAAGCACCGCUUUAGCUAAUGGGGCCUCCUGCUGCUGCCGCGCCACCAGAGCACAAUUUCUGUUCUCAUCCUGAAGCAAAGUUCUUAACCUGAAGCACUAUUUCUGGGUUAGCGGAGUCUGUAACCUGAAGCGUAUGUAACCUGAAGCGUAUGUAACCCGAGGUACCACUGUAUAUUGCUUGACUGUAAAAAGAAACAAAACAAAACACACACAGAAAACCUCAAAGUUGUUUAAAGGUAGAAUGAGGAAACAUGCAAAAAUACUGAAAUGGAUUAAAAUGGCCUCCGCUUUCUAAACAUCGUCAGAGUCAGGGACAGUUUAUAUUAGCAGGCGCCGGAACAAGUCCAGCAAAGGCAGCCAGCUGCUUGAUGUCUAUAGGCAGAGAGUUGCAAAGUCAAGUUCUUACAAACACGGAACAGGGGGUAUGGCGGCACGUUUAGAGGUAAAGGUACCCCUGACCAUUAGGUCCAGUCGUGGCCGACUCUGGGGUUGCAGAGCUCAUCUCGCUUUACUGGUCGUGGGAGCCAGCGUACAGCUUCCAAUGUGGCCAGUAUGACUAAGCCGCUUCUGGGGAACCAGAGCAGCGCACGGAACCUGCCGGAGUGGUACCUAUUUAUCUACUUGCACAUUGACGUGCUUUCGAACUGCUAGGUUGGCAGGAGCAGGGACCGAGAAACGGGAGCUCACCCCGUCGUCACAGGGAUUCGAACCGCCGACCUUCUGAUCGGCAAGUCCUAGGCUCUGUGGUUUAACCCACAGCGCCACCUGCGUCCCAUUUAAGCAGGGCCAAUUACACCAAACAGAGCGAUUUAAGUAGGUUCCUGUGGGGCAAGGUGAUCUCGCAGGUAAACGGGUUCCAAGUUGUGUGUGUGUGUGUGUUUUAUAUAGUAACACCUUGAGCUCAGCCCGGUCACAGAUCAGCAACCAUUGCAGACCCCUGAGCACCGGGGUCCUAUGCUGACAACCAGCAUUGUAAUCUCCGAGGCAAUAUUCCCUGCGUCUGAAUGCGCCCUCUGCCCGGGGCUGGUGGGACGGAUUCCCCCAGGGGUUUCACUGCCUCCUUCCAGUCCCUUUUCGCUGUCGGCCCCUCAAUAUUUGCUGCCCGAGGCAGCCGCCUAGCUCUGCCUCUUGUGAGGGCCGGCGCUGGGAUUUAUCCUGCAAACGCGGCGCUUAAUUGAGGCUGAAUCCUGACAAGACAGAAGGACUGUUUUUGGGGGACAGGGGGCAGGUUGGUGUGGAGGACUCCCUGGUCCUGAAUGGGGUAACUGUGCCCCCUGAAGGACCAGGUGCGCAGCCUGGGAGUCAUUUUGGACUCACAGCGGCCAUGGAGGCACAGGUCAAUUCUGUAUCCAGGGCAGCUGUUUAUCAGCUCCAUCUGGUAUGCAGGAUGAGUCCCUACCUACCCGCAGACUGUCUGGCCAUAGUGGUGCAUGCUCUGGUUAUCUCCCGCUUGGACUACUGCAAUGCGCUCUACAUGGGGCUACCUUUGAAAGUUACCCGGAAACUACAACUAAUCCAGAAUGCGGCAGCUAGACUGGGGACUGGGAGCGGCCGCCGAGACCACAUAACACCAGUCUUGAAAGACCUACAUUGGCUCCCAGUACGUUUCCGAGCACAAUUCAAAGUGUUGGUGCUGACCUUUAAAGCCCUAAACGGCCCAGUAUCCCUGAAGGAGCGUCUCCACCCCCAUCGUUCUACCCGGACGCUGAGGUCCAGCUCUGAGGGCCUUCUGGCGGUUCCCUCAUUGCGAGAAGUGAGGCUACAGGGAACCAGGCAGAGGGCCUUCUCAGUGGUGGCGCCCACCCUGUGAAACGCCCUCCCAUCAGAUGUCAAAGCGAUAAACAACUACCUGACAUUCAGAAGACAUCUUAAGACAGCCCUGUUCAGGGAAGUUUUUAAUGUGUGACAUUUUAGUGUAUUUUUGGUCUCUGUGGAAGCCACCCAGAGUGGCUGGGGAAACCCAGCCAGAUGGGCGGGGUACAAAUAAUAAAUUAUUAUUAUUAUUAUUAUUAUUAUUAUUAUUAAUUUCCCGCCUCUCCAGGUCCGCUACGUCUCUGACUUCUUCAAGCACCGUCCCUCAUCCCUAUGCGCUGAAGACCCCGCUCACAAGCCCAACGUGCCCCUCAGCGAGCCGGAUCGGAACCAUUACACCUACGAAGACGCGGCCUGAACUUUUGCCUGAAGUCGUGUCUCUUUUUCCGGGGGGCAGAAAGACUCGCUUCCGCCGCUUGUCCGAAAUCACCUUCCUCCUUUCCGAAAAGCCUUUUGCUUUUGAACUUGCGCGGCGAUGGAGAUCUUUGGCUGGACAUUUCCCCCUCGGUCCAUUUUUAUUUUUUAUUUUUCAUCGUUUGCUCGGAGGCAGCGAUGCCCGUUAUAACUGCACGAUGUAUUUUGCACCUCUAAGAUUGCUGCACGCCCCCCCAAAAAAGAAAAAAAGAAUCUGGGAAAGGCAGGAAACGGACUCUUUAACUUCUUGCAGAAGUUGCCUUUUUGAGUUCUUUUAUCGCAGGAAUCCCAGGAUUGGGGUUGCAUUGUGGUUGCCACUAUCCCCUCUACGAAUUGUCCGUGCUCUUCUGCUGUUAACAGAAUCCUGGCCUGCAGAUUUUUAGCGGGGUGGGUGGUUGGUUCCCCUUGCUAUGCGAAAGUCCGACAGCAGACCCGAGCAACCGUUUAAAAAGCACAGGUGCCAGAAAGACGCUUAAAUUCUCUCCCCCCGGUAAGUUGGCAACCCAAACAUCCCGGGGGGUUGAUUGGUUCUCCAUGCUAUGCAAAAGUCCGAUGGCAGACCCGAGCAGCCGUUUCAAAAGCGCAGGUGCCAGAAGGGUGCUUAAAUUCUCUCCCUCCUGGUAAGUUGGCAACCCAAACACACCGGCAGAAAAGAGUGAUAGGGUCCACGCUGGCAAAAAAAACCACACCAUUCCCUUAAGGCUCUCCUCCGCACUACCUGCACACACGGAGUUUUUGGCACAGAGUUUCUGAGUAACCGGAUCGGGGCCCAUUAUCUGGGGGGGGGCAAAAGGAUGGUGGGCUGGCAUGCAAGCAAGUUGAGAGUCACCCAUGGGGCCUUCAGCAAACAAGUUGGCAGCAGGUAAAAGGGGAACAGGAAUAAGUGGACCUCUUCGGCCCGUGACGGCUUGGCCAAAUGGCAAAUUCCAAGCCCUGGUUUUGUGCUGAUGAAAUAAGAGGAGAAUUCAAUAAAGCAGAGAAAAAUCUUGCAGAGA